UUUCUCAUCUUGUCUCAUCAUCUUUACGCUGGUUCCUUAAUCACUGGUUCCAAAUUUACUUAUGGCUUUGAUAACUUAAUCUAUCAAAAGCCAAGUUUUUUUUUCUCUUGUUAUUCUGUGAUUUAUUUUCUCAUUUAAUUUUCUUCUCAAUUUUUUUUCUAAACUUUAUAUUUUCUUUUUGUUUUCUUUUUCUCUCCUUUUCUUUCUCUCUUUCUCUCUCUCAAUCACCACCACCCUUAAUCAUAUUCUUCUCUGAAUUCUAAUCACAUUCAGAGAACAACAACAUAUUCUCAUCACCAUGUCACCGGUAGUGUUCUUUUCUUUCUUAAAUUGUUUUUCUAAAUCUUCAUCUUCAACCACCAAUUGUUCAUCUUCACUAUUCAUUUUAUUAUCCAUUUUAUUGUUCUCAAUUAUUGGAUUAACGUUUGCUCAAACCUCUGACCAACAAAAUCCAUGUGUUUCUCGUGAAAAUUGCCAUGAAUGUAUAAGAGCUGAUCCUAGUUGUGCUUGGUGUACACAGAGAGGUUUCUCCGAUGAGACCAAUAAAGCUCGGUGUGAUUUUUAUAAAUCUUUAAUCGCCGAAGGUUGUGACCCCAAGUCAAUCCAUUUUCCCCUUAGUGUGGUCAAUGUAACUGAGGCCAAAGAGUUCUCAGAUCAAGCUUUAUCACCAGAUUCAGCGGUUCAACUUAAACCAAAACGGAUUUCACUUAAAUUACGUCCUAAUGAUACUCAACGUUUCUACACUGAAUUCAAACAAGCAGUUGAUUAUCCUGUUGACCUUUACUACCUCAUGGAUUUAUCUAAAUCAAUGGAAGAUGAUAAAGAUAAAUUAGGUCUUCUUGGUAAUAAAUUAGCCGAGGAGAUGCAGAAAAUAACCAGAAACUUUAGAUUGGGUUUCGGUUCAUUUGUUGAUAAAACAGUGAUGCCUUAUAUUAGUAUGGUCGAAGAAAAGCGACGAGAGCCUUGCAAAGGAUGUGUUGCUCCCUAUGGAUUCCGUAAUCAUAUGCCUUUGGCUGAUGAUAGUGAAAUUUUCGUUACCAAAGUAAAAGAAACAAAUAUUUCUGGUAAUCUCGAUGCACCCGAAGGCGGUUUUGAUGCGAUAAUGCAGGCGAUUGUUUGUCAAAGGCAAAUUGGUUGGAGAGCCGAUUCUCGAAAAUUAGUAGUUUUCUCAACCGAUUCUAGCUUCCACUAUGCUGGAGAUGGAAAGCUCGGAGGUAUUGUUAAGCCAAAUGAUGGUGAAUGUCAUAUGUCCCAAGGGGAAUAUACGGAAAGUGUUAAUCAAGAUUAUCCAUCGAUAAGUCAAAUUAAUCAAAAAGUUAUGGAUUAUUAUGUCAAUUUAAUUUUCGCUGUAACCGCUAAUCAAGUUCAUAUUUACGAGAAAUUAAGUACACUGGUUAAAGGUUCAUCAACGGGAAUGUUAAAGAAUGAUUCUUCUAAUAUUGUCGAUCUUGUUAAGGCCGAAUAUCAAAAGAUAACCUCGUCAGUUGAAUUAAUUGACGAUUAUAAAGGAGACGAUAUUAAGUUGGAAUAUUAUUCAAAAUGUCUUGGAACAAAAUUAGAGAAGACAAAUAAAUGUGAUGGUCUUCGGGUUGGUACUGAAGUAAAGUUUGAAGUUCGAGUAACGGUAAACAAAUGUCCCGAACUUCGUAAAAAUUGGAAUCAAACAAUCAAAAUUAGUCCCGUUGGUCUAAAGGAGACACUGGAAUUAGAUGUGGAAAUAAUUUGUGACUGUGAAUGUGAACAAGAAUGGAACGAGGAAAAAGGAAGUGAAUAUUGUGGUGGACAUGGUACCUACGAAUGUGGAAUCUGUAAUUGUAACGAAAACUUUUACGGAUCAAAAUGUGAAUGUGACCUUAAAAAUGGUGGAAUUGAGGAUGAAAUGUCAUGUAAAGCUUCAAAUGAUUCGAGAUCUUGUACUGGUCGAGGUGAAUGUGUUUGUGGAAAAUGUAAAUGUAACGAUCCAAGUAGUCCGGAUGAACGAAUUUAUGGAAAAUAUUGUGAAUGUGACAAUUUCUCUUGUAUUCGUAAAAAUGGUCGAGUUUGUAGUGGAAAUGGUGUUUGUGAUUGUGGUAAAUGUCGAUGUGAUCCUGGUUGGAUUGGUGAAGAUUGUUCUUGUUAUGAUUCAAUUGAUGGAUGUAAAGCAACGCCUGAGGAUAAAAUAUGUUCUGCUCAUGGAAGUUGUAUUUGUAACUCUUGUCAAUGUGAUUUCAGUGAAGACGGUCAACCUUAUACUGGACAAUUUUGUCAACUUUGUCCAACAUGUCGUACACAAUGUGAGAAGUUAAAAGAUUGUGUUCGAUGUAAAGUCCAUAAAACUGGUCCAUUUACCGAAGAGGAAUGUUCAUUUGGUACAAAUGUAACCAAAUGUCCCUGGUCAGUAAUCGUUGUCGAUGAUCUCGAAGUCGAUGCCGAAAAAGGUGAAGUUCAUUGUACCUUUAUCGAUGAAGACGAUGACUGUAAAUAUCAAUUCAAAUACUUCAUUUAUGGUGAUGAUGAUAAUAAGAUGAUUGAAUUAACAGCUCAACGUACUAAAGAUUGUCCUGCUCCCGUCAACAUCUUAGCAAUUGUGAUCGGUGUAAUUGUUGGUAUUGUGCUUGUAGGAUUAUUAUUACUAUUAGUUUGGAAAUUAAUUACUACAAUUCAUGAUAGUCGGGAAUAUGCUAAAUUUGAAAAAGAAAGACAAAUGGCUAAAUGGGACACCGGUGAGAAUCCAAUCUACAGGCAGGCAACUACUACUUUCAAGAAUCCUACUUACGGUGGAAAACAACAAUGAAUCACCAGGAAUUAACAAUCAACAAUCAACAUUCAGCAUUCAUAAUGAAGCAAAAAGAAAAGCUUAGACUAAACAAAAAGGAUAUUUUUAAUUUACUAAACAUAAACUGUUACAAAAAAAAUCAAUUGUGAAUCAAUGAAUUAACUUCUCCCUCUCUCUCUCACACACACACACAAACAAACUCUCUCUAUACCCUCUCACUUGAUUCUUGGAUGAAACUUGCUUGAAACUAAUUGGAUGUGGGAGAUAUACGCCCAAAGCUACAUUAUAAAACCAAUUGAGCCCAUGGUUUGUCGGAAAUGAUGAUAAAUUAUCGCCUUUUUUUUCAUAGCAAAUGAUUAACGAUGGUGACAUGAUAUGAUUAAUCUACUCACAAGAAUCAAAGUAUCAACAAUAACUCACAAUGAGCCACAAGAUCUACAAGUGAACAAGCAAAAAAAGCAAAGGAGAGGAAGCAAAAGCAAAAACAAAAGCAGAGCAAAAUUUAUGCCAAACAAACACCAAACCAAAAUUAUGCAUCAAUAUAUUUCUUAAAGAACAAGCAAUUUAAUAGGUCAACUGAAUAUGUACAUAAACGUAUAUACACUCACACACAAAACGCAGCCAUGAAAAACUAAAGUUAGAGUGUUGGUUGAUUUGUACCUUUGCGCAGUUUGUUUUCAAAUCGUAACUACAAAUUUUUUAGUUCAUUUCUGUUAGCAAAAAUAUCAAAUCUCUUUAUUUAACUCUGUUACCUUAUAUUUUUGAUCAUUCAAAGUGAUUGGCUUUUACCUGGACAUUACAACCAAAAGACAAUCUAAAACCUUGACCAAUUAGCCAAUCAAUUAAUUGUAAUCAAAAUAAUAUGUGUCUUCCCCCUUUUUUUUUUGUUUAACAAUGUUUGUUAACUAACCUAUUCUGAAAAUGCUGCCUUUUAAAUGAUGAAAACAAACUUUGGGGGUAAAAAAUUAACCAACAAUCAAAUUUAAGUUAAUCACCUUUUUGGUUUUGUUUGUUAGUUGUAAAAGUUUACGAAAACAAACAAAAUCCACCUAUGGGACUUUAUUGACAAGGUCGAAAAUAAUUUCUAGCAAUUUAUACACAAAUCAAUUUCCCAAUAACAUGUAACAUCAACAACUAAUGUCAACUGACCAUUGGCUUAAAUGUCAAAGUAUUUAUAUUAUAUCAAUUGAUGAAAACAAACACAAGAAAAAAAAAUAAGGUUGUAAAUGUAAAUAUAAAAGAAGAAAAAAUCUUAAAUGUACAUCAUCCUCCUCAUCUUUAUCAUCUUCAUCCUCACCAUUAUAUCUACAUCAUCUUCAUCAUCCUCUCUCUCUCUCUCUCUCUCUCUACCACCACCAUGAAAAUCAUCAUCAUCUGUAAUCUAUUAUACGAAAUAUCUUAUAUGUAUUGCUGAUUUUGAUGAUGAUGCCAAAAACUACAAUCUGGCAAGGAGCUUAUAUUACUAACCAUAUAAGGUUAGGUGAGAGAACCCUCGCCUCCUCUAUCUUCCUAUCUUCCUCUUUUUAUCUUCCUUCUCACUCUGUCUCUCUCUCUCUCUCUUUCUCUUUUCAUCCUAACACUCUCUUGGCUUGUAUACUAUCUCUCACUCUGAGACAAACAACCAUUUUACAAUUUACCUUAGGGUUAACAAUUAACAACGCGAAAUCAAUUUAAGAUGAUAAAUAAUAAAAAUAAAAAAACGAUUAAAAGGAAA